GGGACAACCGGAAGUUACGCCGCAACUCCACUCACUGCCUGCCUGUUGCCCUCUACAGUCAGACGCUGGCGGCCAUAUUGUGCGGUUGUGACGGGACGGUUUGUUUGCCGCAGUGUUCGUUAACCUUUGUUUAACAAUGUUUGACGUUGAGAAGUUCAUCGAGUGUAUGAAAAACAAACCGUGUCUUUGGGACAGGAGAGUGGAGGAAUAUUCGCAGAAGCAGAGUCGAAAACAAGCUUGGUUACAAAUAGGUGAAAUUAUGUACGACGAUUGGGCGGACUGUAAACCGAGAAUAAUUACUGAGAGAGUGGAUUCCAUGAAGAAUAGAUGGCGCCAUAUACGAGACAGCUUCGUCAAACAUUUGAACCACCUUCGGAGGGGCAAUUCUGUAAGAAAGAAGAGAAAGUACAUUUACCACGAUAAUUUGCAGUUUCUGCUGGAGCCUCUCGGUGACGACUUCACAAUGUCCAACUCCACUGGCCCAGUAGAGGAAGAGAGUUAUGACUACGCAGAAGAGACUUCCGUGUUCUCUCCGUUAGAAGAGUCUCCAAAGAGCCCAGGCCCGUCUAGAAGAAACAGUCUGCGCAUCGCUAACAACACCUCACUUCACAUGGAACCGAAGGAAAGGGUUGUAGAUGUCGCCGCUUCAAACCAAGUGGACGCGGGCGAACUAUUUCUUUUGUCUCUUCUUCCAGACUACCAAAAACUCGGAGAAGAUGAAAAAAUUGAUUUCCGCAUCAUGUGCCUAGAGUUUUUCCGUGCUGUUCGCCGCAAUCGGGUGGGGACGCCAAACUAAGAUGGGGGUCCUCAAGUCGCCCUCAACUUUGUCAGUAAACUUUCUUGCAACACGUUUUGUGUGUGAACCUAUCAUUGUUGUGAAAAUUAUUCCUAGAGUUUUCCGUGUUGUUUGCCGCAAUCGGGUCACACCAAACGAAGCUGGGGGGUCCUCAAGUCGCCCUCAACUUUAUCAGUAAACGUUCUUGCAACCCGUUUUCUGUGGAUCCUGGCAUUAUUGUGUAAAUUAUUUGCGUUGUGAUUAAAUCUUAAUCUUGUUUAUGUAUAGCAAUAUAUCAGUGACCAAGUGAUUACAGUGUUUACCAAACUAAAAAUAAUAACGGGUUGCUGAUACCUUUAAAAAAGACAGUUCUGACUUUGACACGGACGUGUGUUGUUAUUUUAAAUAGUUAUAUAAAUUGUAUAGUUGUAAAAAUGAACAAUGAAACUUUGUCAUACGAACCACGUCGUUGUUAAUAAUUUUCUAAAUUAUAUUUUAUUUUCUCGGUACUUUAAUACAUAAAUACUUAAUCAGUUAAUAUGUUUAUAUGUAUGGUUUGUAAAAACUUUCACUACUGUGUAACUACGAGUAAUUUAUUUUGUAUAAAAACAUGCAAUGAAACUUUUCACAUGUACAUUCUCACGUUCUGUAAAUUAUUUACUCAGUUAUCUAUUCCAUUCUAUUUGUAUCCUCAAGUAAUGUUACCUGUUGUUAAUUAAAACAUUCUUACUACUACGUGAA